AUGGGUCGCCCGCACGCCAUGCGGAACUUGGAAGGCGGGGGAUAUGGGGAUGCGCCCCCCCCCAGUAGGAACAUGGGAAAGGCGGGGGCAUCAUGGGAUCCCGCACCCCAGUACGGAAACUUCGAAGGCGGGGGCAUCGGAGGAUGGCCCCCGCCAGUACGGAACAUCGGAGGGGGGGGCAUAGGGGGAGCGCCCGCACGCCAGUCGGAAUUUUCGGAAGGCGGGGGGACAGGGGGUUUGCCCCCGGGCCCCGCCAGUACGGAAGUUGGGGAAGGCGGGGGCAUAGGAGGAUACCCCCGGGCACGCCAGAACGGAACAUGGGAAGGCGGGGGCAUCGGGGGGACGCCCGCACCCUAG